CACUGGAGAAGAAAAAGCUGAUGCUCGUCUGAACCGAUUUAUAAAAAUAAAAGCACAUUAUUGUGUCUGGCUCUGAGGAUUUAAACCCCUGAGCUGUGUGAGGACAUGAAAACGGAGACCUCAACGGAUGGAAGGACGUCAGAAGUCCGUGUGAAGAAAGAGGAGACGCUGGAGCUGAAAAUCUACAACCAUGGAGACGACCUUGAUAACCCACCUGAAGGUCUCUUUGUUAAAGUGGAAGAUCCUGACAAUAAAGACUAUCUCUACUGUGAAGUUUGCAAAUCCUUCUUCCUCAACAAAUGUGAGGUUCAUGGACCACCCGUCUUCAUCCCAGAUACUCCUGUUCCCAUGGGAGUCCCUGACCGAGCCAGACAAACUCUUCCUCCUGGGCUAGAAAUCCAGAAGUCCAGUAUUCCUGAUGCAGGCCUGGGAGUGUUUAAUAAGGGGGAGACUGUUCCAGUAGGUGCACACUUUGGACCCUACCAGGGAGAGCUGGGAAACAGAGAGGAAGCCAGGAACAGUGGAGAUCCCUCAGUUGCAAAAGGGAAGAGGAGGAUAGAAAAGGUGUCGGAGACGGAGGAGAGAGAGGAGGUGACAGAGAGGGAGGAGAGAGAGAGGACAAGGAGCAGUGAGGAGGAGGAUGAAGACCACGACAGUGGCCAGCAGGCCAGGAGUUUGCCGUACUCUUUCGGCAUAGCAGACGAGGAGAGGUUGGUAGAUUUUUUCCGUGCCAACCCUUGUUUCUACGACAAGACUUUGGACCUGUACAGCAACGCCAUCCACAAACGGAAAUUGACACAGGGCAUUGCUACUGAACUACACACAACUGUUGCCAAGGUAAAUGGAUGGUUCAGGAACCAGAGGACGGCUGUGGGAAAGCUUUUGAAGAAAAGGUCAGGGCAAGCACUCGAGGCACUCACAGCCAGGAAAAGAUGGCAGCUACAGAACUUUGUUUUCUUGAGGGAUCACAUCGUCCCAAGAUCAUACAUGUCUGACACAGGAACACUGCCGUCAUCAGAGUCCAGGACAAGCAGGGGAGCUUCGACCAGUGAAGAAGAGGAUCGAGCGAGUGACAGGUCGACCUCCAGCCGGGCCUAUGUUCAAGCCCAAAAAAAGCGCUCAAAGAAGAUUGACGAUGUCAUUCUUGAAUACAUAUUGAGGCCCAGGCCCUCUGAGGCGAUUUCCCAAAAGAUUGAAGCAGCUUUAGCCGCCAGUUCUGCAGGACCCCAAGACGAACGCACGGCACUGGGGAACUGGCUCGUGGCCAGGAUCGCGAAGGUGCCCGAUGAGAGAUGGGAGGACUUCACUGUAGCUGCCCAGAAUCUGAUGCGGGAAUUCACAAAGCCCAUCAUGCCCCCUCCACAAGCCCCAGACACUUCGUUGCCUCCUCGCAUUCCCUCGCAGCAGUUCUGGCAGCAACCCCUGCAGCAGACCUGGCAGCAACCCCUGCAGCAGACCUGGCAGCAACCCCUGCAGCAGACCUGGCAGCAACCCCUGCAGCAGACCUGGCAGCAACCCCUACAGCAGACCUGGCAGCAACCCCUGCAGCAGACCUGGCAGCAUGACCCACCCCGUUGCCACAGCACUCCGAUGAGGCAGGUGCAGCAGAUAUCGGUCCCUCUACCUAGGCCACAUUCAGCAGGGCCACCCACAGCAGGGCAAUUCACCCCAGGAAGCACGUCAGGGGAGAGCUUCUCCAACAUGGGUCUGAGUGACAGUUUCUUGAAGCAGGUCGAGGGAAGGGACUCCAGAUCGACCCCGACAAGCCAGAGGGCGGAGGACGAGGACAAUGUCUCAGAUUAGCUAUAUAGGAGCCGAAAGGCAUGAGUGUAAUCUGUUUUGUUAAUAUGUUUUGUUAAUAAAUGUUAUGAUUGACCAU